AUGAAGAUACAGUGUGAUGUGUGUGAGAAAGCUCCGGCUACACUGAUAUGUUGUGCUGAUGAAGCUGCUCUGUGUUCUAAAUGCGACGUCGAGGUUCAUGCUGCUAAUAAGCUCGCAAGCAAACACCAACGCCUUUUUCUCAACUCUCUCUCUACCAAAUUCCCUCCUUGCGACAUCUGCCUUGAGAAGGCAGCUUUUAUAUUCUGUGUUGAGGAUAGAGCUCUUCUCUGUAGAGACUGUGAUGAGGCGACUCAUGCGCCUAAUACUCGCUCUGCUAAUCAUCAGAGGUUCUUGGCGACUGGAAUCCGAGUCGCUCUGAGCUCGACUAGAUGCAGUAAAGAAGUGGAGAUGAAUCACUUUGACCCGUCCAACCAGCAGAAUGCGAAGCAGGUUGUCGCUAAACCGCCACCUCAGCAACCCGCUGCUCCUUCUCCUUUGUGGGCUACCGAUGAAUUUUUCCGCUACUCUGAUCUUGAGUGCAGUAAUAAGCAGAAAGAGCAGCUCGAUCUUGGUGAGCUGGACUGGCUUGCAGAGAUGGGUCUCUUUGGGGAUCAGCCUAAUCAAGAGGCUCUACCAGCAGCUGAAGUUCCCGAGCUUUCGGUUUCACAUUUGGCUCAUGUUCACUCCUACAAUAGACCCAUGAAGUCCAAUGUUUCCAACAAGAAACCGAGGCUUGAGUACCGAUAUGAUGAUGAUGAAGAGCACUUCCUUGUCCCGGACCUAGGCUAA